AUUACUGGGAAGGGUUGGUUAGGACAUGGGUUACUGGGAAGGGCCAGUGCAGAUACUGGGAUUUUACUGUGAAGGACUCAAAAUAAUUGCCUGGCUGGGUUUUUUGUUUUUGUUUGUUUGUUUGUUUGCUUCCCCUCUUUACAAAGGCUUGUAUAGGCUGGGAAAAGUGGGACAGGCAGCGUCAUUCGCUGAGCAAAUGGGAUGAAGGGACACCACAGAGAGUGUGGGUCCCCAGUGCAGGGCUGGGGGCUGAGAUCAGCCUGACAAGGCACGGCCAGAGCUCUGCUUGAGAUACAGACCCUCGGCGACAGGGUCCUACUGGGACAAGGAUCCUCAGGGACAGCAGGGGACGAGGGUUGCUGGAGACAGACAGGGGCUCAGGGGAUGAGUGCUGUCACAGACCCUGAGCACACGGACGCGGGGCGAGGAACGUCGGCGCUCAGCCGGGAGCAGCGCUGCGCUCGGGUCGGGGUCGCACCGCGCUUCGCGCUUCGCGCUCCCGUGUCCCUCGCGGCGCUCCGUCGGGCGGGUCACGUGGGCUCACCUGGCCCAGGUGGGGCGGGGCCGGCGCCGCUCCCUGCUCGCAGGAACCUCUUUCUGCUGAACAAUGACGAUCUUAGACCCCGGCUAACUGGCACAGCUCACGGCUCCCACGCUGCUCCUCCCAGGCAGAUGGUGGAGUCCUCUGUGAGGAUCGGCUCCUUUCAAACCAGGCGCCUGUGUGAGAAGAGGGAAAGCUGCCAGCUGCCCUGUGCUUGAGCCAUGCUGGGCCGAAAAGCAGGACCCCCCCACAACCUGAACAGCCACCGCCAGAAAAACCAGUCCUACCAGCAGGCCGUGCCCCCGAGGAGCCGACCAUCCAAGGAGGCCGAGGUCGGGCUGGAGGUGUUGGGUGGUUUGACUCCUGAAAUCAAACAGAGCCGCACCAGAGCCCAGCAGAUGCGGGACAGGAAAGGUCGCAAAGCUGACCUCAAGGACUCUAAUGGGAGAGAGGCAGAAACCAUUACCUUCAUCUCCGGCACGGCGGAGGCUCCUGCAAACCAGAGCUUCUGCUGUUCCUCUCUGUCUCAUGCCUGGAAAACGUACAAAGCUGUUUUCUGUUGCAUAGUGACCUGUGGGGGCUGCUUUCAGGACUGCAGUGUCUGCAUCCCCUAUCCAGGGCCUGCCGAGUCCUCCACCGACGAUGGGAAGAAUGGAGAUUACAACGGGCAGCUGCCAAACAGCCCUGCCAACGUCUCUCCCACCGAGAAGAAUGGGAACCAGAUCAAAAAGUCCCACAUGGGCAGCAGUUUCAGUUACCCAGAUGUCAAACUGAAGGGCAUUCCUGUCUAUCAGAACAGGAGCCUGGGCCACCAUCUGGAAUCAGAUUCGUGCUUCAAAGAGCUGCUGCCGGAGAAGCCCCUCAGGAACAGCAUAGAAAAGCCUCCGCUCCCCAGCAGCCACCGGAGCUCAGAGGAGUAUUAUUCCUUCCACGAGUCUGACCUGGAUAUCAGCGAGCUGAACGGCUCCAUGUCCAGCAGGGAGAUCGACGUCCUGAUCUUCAAGAAGCUGACAGAGCUCUUCAGCGUCCACCAGAUCGACGAGCUGGCCAAGUGCACGUCAGACACUGUCUUCCUGGAGAAGACCAACAAGAUCUCGGACCUCAUCAAUAGCAUAACUCAGGACUACAACCUGGAUGAGCAGGAUGCUGAAUGCAGGCUGGUCCGAGGCAUCAUCCGCAUCAGCACUCGCAAAAGCAGGGUCCGGCCCCACAUUUCUGUUCCAGCCAGCCAGAGCCAUGAGGAAAAGUCCAGCAGAGGCAACGCGCCGGAUAGUGGGAAUGAAACAAUGCUGGAGUCCACGGUCAUCAGCCAGGACGAUUUGGCCGUGCAAAUAUCAGAGGAAACACCAGCAGAUGUGCUGGCCAGGAACAUGAGGCGGCACAGCAGCGCAGGCUCUCCAACAAGCAGAGAUUCCUCUUUCCAAGACACAGAGACUGACUCAUCUGGAGCACCUCUGCUUCAGGUGUAUUGUUAAGAAAAGGGACCCAAACAGCAGGCAGGCAUUGCAAGGCUUUGCUGCAGAUUUCUCUUUCCAUAUGGAGCAUAUUAUGUCACUUUUUCCCCCCAGUCUACUCACAUCCUUUGUUGAAGCCAAAGUUCUCCUACUGUCUGAGUUUCACUGGGAAUUUUUUUUUUCUUUGGACAAUAUAGAACAUUAAGGAAGUGAACUGUGGAGCUAAUGCACUUGGGAGGUGGAAUGUGUGCCCAGGGAGGAGAAAUGGACAAGGAAGUGCUCGAUGAUUUUAUUUCCAGUCUUCACGUUCCAGCAAUCUCAGUGACCCAGCUCCUUCCCUGCUUUGAGAAUGUGCUGUACAUUUCUUGCUUGCUGGCAUUGCAGAAGUUAACCUGGGGAGGGGGUGUCAGGGGGUGUCUGUGUUAGUGACAGUGCUGAGGCAAAGGCCAGGCACCCGCUCUCUAAGGACCCAGAUCUCUGUGUAAAGAGCCUGGGUUGGUGGUCCCAGAAACACAAGUCCUCUGCCCGUGGCGUUGCAGAUCUGCCUUCUUCCUGCUGCCCUUAGUGUCGUUUCCCAUUGCCCUGUAAGGAGAAGGUUCAGCUGAUGUGGUUUGUUUCAACUUUGGCCUCUUGGCCCCUCUCCCAAGAUAGUGCCAGCUGCAGGGAGGCAAUGCUUGAGCUGCUGCCCUCCUCAUCCUCCCCAGCUACUCCCGGUCUGAUCUGAGCUGCACACAUUGACCUGUGGCUUGCGUGCCAGCCCGCUCUCCUCUCUCACUCAACACCAAGCCCUGUGCAUUUCCCCAUCGUGCUUGUUGUCUGGCUGGCUGCUGGGGCAGCCCUGGAACGUGGGUUAUAUGAGGUAUGUGAGACAAUUCCUUCAUUUUUAGUUCUUAUUUUUUCUGAUAAAGACUUGGACUGUUUGCUCUGCCAGAAAAUCCCAUCAAAGUGUCCUAACUUGAAUGAAAGCUUCCCUCAGAGAGCAUCUGCACAGGACCUGGGAGAAGCCGCUCACACAGCCCUGUGAGCGCUCAGCACCUUCUCUGACUUCUGCUCUUCUUUCACAGCCACGUACAGCUGUGGCAUUGCUACCCCAAGGGCACAGAGCCAGAUGACCUUGAGGGCUGCAGCAGGAGGAAGCUGUACCUUGCUGGUGUUGCCACUUGUUUUUUUAUCAGAAAGCAAACAUGCGAGGCCAUGGGACUUGUUUAUACUUCAGGUGCCCUUGGACAUGACUAGAAAAUGUUGGGUUGGAUUUCCCAUCAACGCAAUCAACACACCCACUGGUUUCUGAGGAGGGGGAAACCAAAGUCGGUCCCAUGCUUUGGUGCAGAUUGUGUUUGUGUGCCUUAAUUGAACUGAAACGUGCCUUAAUUGAACUGAAACGUGCCUUAAUUGAACUGAAAUGUGCCUUGAGUUCAUAGCCCAUGAUUACUCUCCCAAAGGUUGGGUAGGGGGAAGAGGAUUAAAUUCUUGACGUAAGCAGUCAAACUUAUUUAAGUGGCCAAAGUCCUUUGAAAUGUGCAGCCCAAGUCCCUGUCAGAGCCUGUUUUUGUAAGCUGCUCACAUUUCCCAGCGUGAUUUCAUGAAUCAUGGACAUCACUGAGACCACACCUUGAGCCACUGACUGAGAUAUUGGCAAUAAAGGGGUCUGAGCCAUUGGUUUGGCGUGCCCUCCUGGUGUUGUCAUCAGCACUGGCUGUGAAAAACCCUCUCUGUGCAAGGAAGAGACAUGAAGCAAGGGCAGCGCGGGGCCCGGAUCGGCUGCUUGGUGACCUUCAGAAUGCCACAUGGACCCACUCUGCUUCCUGCUCCUGAGUGGGUUUGCCCAUACCUCUGCAAUGAGUUUCCUCACACCUGUACAGCACUGUGGCUCAUGCAGCUCUGUGUGCUUUGCGGUGGAGAUGAGGGGUGAGAAUGAACUUGCAAAGAGCUGCCAGCUGCUACUACAGGUGCAAUGGCACUUCUUUAUGUUUAGUCUGCAUACUGUGAGCCAAUGCCUAUGGAUCAAGCUUGCAAAACACACCCAAAAGCCGAGUCAUCUGCUGGACCCUGCAGCUGGUGCACCUGUGGUGUCUUAUGGCAUUCAUCUCCCUUCCUCACCCUUAACAUCUGAUUCAGUCUAUUUUUUUUUAAUAUAAAGCAGGAGAUGUGCUCUUUA